AAGGGAAGGAGAAGAGAGUAAGAAGGUGAGAGGGGCAGAUUUCACAAAGCUCACUUCAGUUUUUUGUCUUUCAGCUGACCUUUGUCUUCUUUCAUCUUUUAUUUCAUCUCAUCAGCUGAUCUAGAGCAAAAUGGAAACAGACUCUGUGACUUGCCCUCAGAAAUCUGAAUCCCAGGAUGAAUGCAGUAGUGAAGAAAUAGAAAUAGCAGAAAUAGCAGAAAAGGCUCAAGAUAUGGAAACAGCAAUAACAGAAGAUAAUACGACGAAAAAGAAAGACACAGCCACAGUCCUGCAAGAGAUGAACAAGGACACAGAAGCUAUAAGUGGGUUAGAAAGAACAGAAAUACCCGACAGCAGUUUCCAGCCUCAACCUCACAAUCAUCCCACCUCCUCACCAGCUGAUGGAGCCAUUGAGCCAACAAGGGAAGACUUGUGCAGUACAGUUGAAGAUGACUUUGAUGGUGACCAGUGUCCACCAGUGCCAGGACUAGAAGAAGAUAUCCAACCAGAGAGAAAUGAGUGUCAAGCCACGGAGAUUCAGGAUGAAGUGACAGAAAACACUGAAACCAGUGAAGAUGUUCAGACAUCUGUGCAAGACACUGAGGGUGAAGAACCUCUUAGCAUGAUACAGGCAGACAGAAGCACUGACUCACCACAAAUGCCAAAGGUGACCAAAGAAGAAGAGGGACAUGAGCUUGAGUCACAUGGUGACUCCGACUCAAUUGUGUUCCUAUCAGAGAACAGUGAAGAGCUAAAUAUAGACUGUAAACCUUUGGACUUCCCCAGCACCAGAGAGCAGUGGGUGAGACGGGACAGUCGUUGUGAUGAACCACCAAACCUGACAUAUUCCAAAAGAUCGUCAAAAAGUAAUCUUACUGAAGCCGGAUCUUCAUUAAGCAUCCAAAGUGUAUCCAUAACUGAAUCUGGGGUUAAUGCAGAGAAUGUCCAGCAGGGGGAGCUUGAGGUAAACAACCCAAGUGAUAUAAAGGAGAAUGAGUUACAACAGGUGUGUGGUGCUGCUCCGCCCCUAGAAACAGUUGCAGGCGAGCCAGCCAAUCCAGAGAAAGGUAACUCUGCCUCUAUCUCUACGGAAGUAAAAGAGCCAUUGAUAAUGUCACACGGGAGGAGGGCCAGUGAAAGGGAGGAGAGAGAGGGUAGAGAAACAGGUGAAGAGCGAAAGCUAACAGUUCGUUUCACAGAAACAGGUGGGACCGGAGGAAAGCAGCUGGGGGAGGUUAAAGAUCAAAGACAAGAACGGGAAAACAAAGGACAGAGAGCGGAGUCCCAGUCAAACACAAAGCUUCGUAUGGGAGAAGGGAAAGUCAACAGAAUGCAGGUGGAUCAUUUUGAUGACAGCCAGAGCGAUAGCGGUGUAUCAGCAGAUUUCUCCCCCAACAGCACAACAGAUGUCUCGGAGGGCCUAGUUAACAACACUGAGGCUCCUCAGCCCUUUGAAUCUCCACCUAACGAAACUCCCAUUGAGAGGGAGAUCCGUUUGACUAUGAAGAGAGAGCAGAGUCUACGGCGUUCUCGAGGACUGUGUGACACAACUGACAGGAAUAAUGAGUUUGUGGAAAUUCCAUUGAGGAGACCUAUUCUAUCUCAGGACCUCCAGAUAAGACCCAACCCAAGCCUCGACAAGGACCGGCAGUUUGCUGGAAAGAAGAUGCAGAAGGAAAUCAGCGCAGAGACAGAGAGGGAGAAGGUUCUGGUUGAACUGGGCAGACUACCUGGCUUCUAUGACAGGGGAACAGAGGUACAGCUUCAAGAAAAAAAGCUGCUCUUUGAGUUAUUCCAAGAGCAGAAGGAAUCAGUGGCAGCCUUUAGCAGAAGAUCUCCCUCGAACUCCUCUUACGUAGAGUCUGCUGCUGGAAUACAGGAAGUCGAUUCUGCUGUUAGACAACGCCUAAUGCAAUUCUCUCAAAAUUCUCCCACCCCACCAGCCAUGGCCAAGUAUGGAGGCACCAACGGCAUCCCGCCUGCUGCUCGAGGACCUGGUCUAACUGAGGGAAUCACGGGCCAGAUAAUCAUAAUAGAGGCCAACUCUAUUCCUACAACUGUGGGAGGGCCAAACGGGGGUUAUAAGACAGCCUCAUGGACAGAUGGAGGAUCUGUAAAAGUGAUGAAUCCAGUGGGUGCGAGGGCUACUUCUGCAGAGCCUGUUAACGCAAGACAAAAACCAAAUUUUGAAGUGGCUGAAGACUCAAGUACAGUAAAGGAGAACCCUUUCUUCAAGCUCCGCUCCUCUAUGACUCUGCAGCCUCAGGUGGAGCUGGACAUUAAGGAGGCAAAAGAAAGGGAAAGAGAACUACAGAGACAGAGAAACUGUCUUUAUGGAGGAGCAUCCAUGGAUCUGGAAGAAGGAAGGGGAACAAUAAUGGAUUUGAGGACAGAAAGUGGAGUGAAAGAUGGAAAGGGAUCCUCUAACAAAGAGAUUCUUAGUUCUCCACCCCCACAGACAAAUUUGACUCCAACAGGCCGCCAAUCAGAGAUAUUCACCGCCACUACAUCAGUGCGACAAUCCACCGGAAAACUGGACCUAACAUGGCCACCACCCCAAGCUGAUGAAGAACCAAGACAACAGGUGUCAGAGAAAACUCAAAAGAUCCCAAGGCAGCGAAACCCGUUACUUGAACGCUGGGAGUCAGGGACGGUGAACGGCCAUGUGGAAGACAACAACUGAGACUGAACGCCAACUACAGAAUCCUAGCCUAAA